AUGGGUAUUCAGAUUUCACCAGUAAACCCACUUUCCAUCACAGGGGACAUUGUGAAAGAUGAAGUGAGGACGGCGGCAACUUUGAUUACGUCACUUGCUCCCAGCAUGCAUCGCGAUAGCUCACUCAAACCGCUCUGUGUCAGCCCGACCGUAGGCAGGGAAACGUCUUGUGCUGAGGACGAGCUCCUCCAGAUCGCUAUUUUGUUGAGCCUUCUCCGUGUUGAGCCAAAUGAAUGGUCAGCUCGAGUUCCUGCCAUAGGUGUAGGUGGUCCAGAUGCUUGGGAAUAUUCUUCGCAAGACAUAAGGGUCCAUCCGAAAUCCCUACUUGUUGAUGAUCAACAGGUGUUGAGUGAACUGAGUUCUUUAGGUCGAUAUAAUCGGGUCGCGAAUCUUUGGCAGAAUGUGACAGCUUAUAUGGGUCUUACAAACAAUGAUGAUGAAGUUGCAUCGACUUCCAGGGGAGAUACAGGAGAACCGUCGGACUGGGGAUAUAUCGAUGAGAAUCAUGAUGAUGAUCUGCUCACUCCUGAGGUUAACUUUUUACUUUAUUAUUCUAUUAACUAAUAUUUGUGGUAGUGAACCAAAAAUGCAUGAAUUAUUGUGUGAACUUGCAUGACUAAUUCUUUCUCAUUAUUGAUUAUUGGCUUCAAUUUACAUUUUAUAAACAGCUAUUGUUAAUUAUUGUCUAGUCUUUAAUGUAUUAUUGGCAAUGCUCAGAGAAUUUCUUUUUAAUAAUCGAAUUAAAUAUACCUUUAAAAAAUAUAUUGGUUUAUUACAGUUAUCUUCGUAUGUCCUUCAGUUCUUUUAGAAACAGUAUAUAAUUA